CUAUCCCUCUUUUUCUGCUUCCACACCUUUUCACAUCUUAUCUCUCUCUCUCUCUCUCGCUUUUUCUCUCUAAAUCUCCGGCGACAGCAUGCCGAUACCGGAAAACCUGAACCGCGACCAGUAUCUCUACCUCGCGAAACUCGCCGAACAAUCCGAGCGCUACGAAGAAAUGGUGUCCUUCAUGGAACACCUGGUCCUGACCUCCACCGCCACCGCCGAGCUCACCAUCGAAGAACGAAACCUCCUCUCCGUCGCCUACAAGAACGUCAUCGGCUCCCUCCGCGCCGCCUGGCGAAUCGUAUCGUCGAUCGAGCAGAAAGAAGAAGGGCGCAAGAACGAUGAGCAUGUUGAGUUGGUUAAGACUUAUAGAGAUCAGGUUGAGACUGAGCUCACGGCUGUUUGCGCGGGUGUGUUGAAGCUCAUGGACUCGCAUUUGAUCCCCUCGGCCAAGGAGAGUGAGUCCAAGGUGUUUUAUUUGAAGAUGAAGGGGGAUUAUUAUAGGUAUCUUGCGGAGUUCAAAGUCGGCGAUGAGAGGAAACAGGCGGCUGAGGAGACGAUGAUUGCUUAUAAGGCCGCUCAGGAUAUUGCGGCUGCUGGUCUCCCUUCGACACACCCUAUCAGGCUGGGAUUGGCACUCAAUUUUUCAGUGUUUUACUAUGAGAUUCUUAAUGCGUCAGAGAAAGCAUGUAGCAUGGCAAAACAGGCUUUUGAGGAGGCAAUCGCCGAGCUGGAUACUUUGGGUGAGGAGUCAUACAAAGACAGUACUCUCAUCAUGCAACUUUUGAGGGACAAUCUCACCCUCUGGACUUCAGAUAUGCAGGAGGAUACCGAUGAAGUUUGACCUGAUCAUUCAAUCUCCCUCAGGAAGGGAGAUGUGUUUAAAUUUCUUACUUAAAAUCUUUAAUAUAACUGUUGAUACUCCUAUGUCGGUGACCUUUACAAGGUAUGCUAAAAUGCUAAAGAGUUGUCUUAGCUUUAGAGCAUAUAUCCAAGGUAAUGCUCGAGUAUUCAUCACUUUCACUUCCUAUAUAUGCAAAAUACAUACAGUUAUAUAUUGCACUUAAUGUCCAUAUUUGAAGGGGCAUAUUGAUCUUCUUA